UGCAUUCCACAAUGUUUACACAGAUGUUACAAAAUGGGUUAGAGCAUUUGUGGACCCUGCAGGGCACAGCAAAUUAAUCUUAUAUCUAAAAUUAUUUAAACAAUAUAAAUAAUAAUUUUAUGAUGACAUUCUGUGAUCAAAGAUUCAAGAUCAUGACCAAAACGCCUAGGUAAUGUAUAAUACAUUUUUGAUCAGCAGAAUAAGUCGAUUCAAGCUGACUACUCACCGAAUUACGAUAAUUAAUUUUUUGGUUAAUUCUGAUUGGUAUAGGACUGACAAUUUUUCUGCAAAUUAAUUCACUUCGAUUUUUACUGAACGCACCACUCUGAGAAAAGCUCUGUGGAGGAUUCUUAUUACCUACACUAACACUAUCUGUCAAUGUCAAACUCAGUUAUUGAAAGUCAAAAAUUAUCAAACGGAGAUCUUUACUUAUUUACCACUCUGUUUUGCAGUUAAAAGCUAUCAGGAGAAAAGCAUUUUACUCUUAAUUCUGCGGCAACCAUGCGGACGCGUAAUAAGUUACGAUCCAGGAACUCAACAGUAUCUCAAGAAGCAGUAAUAAUUGACCAAAGAAACUCGCCGGGAAAAUGUAGAGUGUGCUUAGAUGAUGGAGAUAUACCAAUUUUCGGUUCAAAAGAUAUAUCUAAUGAUGUAGCAGAGUUCGGAAAGAUCAAAAUCAAUGCAAAUGAUAACUUCCCAAAGUACUUAUGCGAAGCUUGUUAUACUUUACUCGAAGCUGCAAUCUUGUUUAGGAAAACCGCGAAACAAGCCAAUGCAUUUCUAAAGAAAAAUCCCUGGAAGAUCCCAUCGUCGGCAGCGUCUGAUGAUUCUAAUUAUAUAAAUGAAAACGAACCUGAAAUAAAGCGAGAGUAUCUUGAGUUGGAUAACACCUCUGAAUCUGAACUUGACGACUUUGAUAAACUAAGGCUUAAAAUUGAGUCGGAAGAUGAAACCAUUGAUUACCUUGCUCUAGCUAACAAUCAUAUGGAUAUGUCAGUUAAGUCAGAGGAUGGUAGUGUAGGAUACCGGUCUGCUUCUGAAGCAGAUACUCAAGAAACAAAUUAUAUGGAGCACUCUCAAUUAGAGGACAUUGAUGAAUCAAAAAAUGAUGAAGAUGAAACUGUUGCUGAUCCAGAUAGUGAAAUGAUUAUGAUUAUAGUUUCUGACAAAGAUAAACAAAAUCAGAUUACACCAAUAUGUGAAAAAUGCAACACUAGUUUUGAUAACAUAGAUGACCUUUUGCAGCACAUUGAGAAAACUCAUCCGAAACCGGGCCCAGAUGAGAGAGAAUGUGAUAUUUGUCGUAAUGUGGUCAAAAGGAAUUUAUAUAAAGUACAUUUAAAAGAGCACAGAGAAAAGUAUCAAGAGAAACAUAUUAAAAAGUAUGGUAAAGUUGAAUGUGAAAUAUGCAAUAAGAAAAUUAGUAAAGCAUAUUAUAAAUACCAUAUUAAAAUGCAUGGAACUGCUGAAGAACAAGCUGAAAGGACUAUGGAAUGUACAAUAUGUAAAAAAUCCUUUGGUGCACACUACUUUAAUGACCAUAUGAAAAGGGUACAUGAUAAGAAAAUGAAGCACACAAAACAAUCAUCUCAGAAACCAGUGCCCAAAGAGGUUUCACCGAAGAAUGUAAAAAAAACUAAAUGUCCAGUGUGUGACAAAAAAGUAAAAGAAAGUGAAUAUAAACAACAUUUAGCAAAACACGGCGGUCCAUUGCGACGUUACAUUUGUGACAAAUGUGGAAAAGUAUUCAAACAUCCGUCUGCAUUCCGAACUCAUUACAUGACACAUGGUACUGAACUGAAAUACAAAUGCCAGUUUUGUCCCUACAGAGGCUUGCAUCAAGGCCUCCUUAAGAUCCAUGUUCGGACCCACACAGGGGACUACAACUACAAAUGUACGGAGUGUCCCGCAAAGUUCAUAACAAAGAGUAACUUGUCCAAACAUAUUCAACGGCACAAGGGACAAUGUAACUACAAGUGUGAAAUUUGUAAUAAAGGAUUUUACUCUAAACGUGAUCUAAACAAACACAACAAUAUAGUACAUUUGAAGUUACGGAAUCAUGUUUGCGAGUCCUGCGGAAAAGUUUUUGGACACAGAGAUAAUAUGUUGAGUCACCAACUGAAAGUUCAUAAACGUGAAAAGAUUAUCACGAAAGGCAGAAUGCCUUCAUACCUUAAGACGGAAGAACAGUUGUAAAAUAAUAGUCAUUAAACAUUAGGCAUUUGUGGUUUGUUUAUCUGUAGUUUCUAUGAAUACUACAGGCAAAAAAAAGAUUUGACUACAUGUACGCUCAAGUGCAUGUUUUCUUAAAUCGUAAGGCAUUGUGCACAUAUUUUUUUAAUAAUAGUAAUUAUGUAAUAAUAAAACCUUUUGAUAAUACAGA